CAUAGAGAUCUUAUAAAACCUCACGUUUCGCAACAAAGUGGGGAGUCCGGGUUUUGUUUUGGUUUUGAAUCGGCGAGAAAGUCUUAUUUUGGUUGAAGGUCAAAUUCACUGAUUGCCGAAAAAUGUUUCGAUUAGGACGAAAAAGUUUCCAAAGACUUCAGAGCCAUCAACAAUCUUUUCGUAAAAAUGAGAGAAAACUUUCGUCUCAACCAACAAGCGGAAUUUCGAGGCUGUUUAUCAUAACCACUGGUACAACAGUGGGCGUGUGUGGGGGCGUGGUUGGCUUCUGUAAGUAUGACCCAAACUUCAGAGAAACAUUUGAAGCAAAAAUCCCAGCUUUGAAACCAACGUUGACGUUUCUGCUUGGAUCUAAUGUUAAAAGUGAAGCGGAACAAACGCCAAAGAUUCGUAAACCUACCAAGAAAAUCCCAGAUCCAUUGGAAGCACCUAUGGGGAAUUCCCGGAAGUCUGUAAAGGGGAAUACCCCGGAAAAGGUGGUAAUUCCCCCAGUUCCAGCUCCAGAACUCCCCGUAAUAAACGAAAAAGUUGCAACAGAGACACCCAGUGUUGAAGAAAAGAGUGAUGAGGAAAACAAGGUCAUUCCUGUGAUGCAAAUAUCUGAGGAUAUUGUCCACAAGGAGGUAGCAGAGAGCACUCAAGAGCCCCCCCAAGUGACAGCGACAAACAACGAACAACCCCCUCCAGUGGAAGUUGAUGAAGGAAGCCCUCUAGUGGAGCCGAUGAUGCAACGGGAAACAACGCUCGUCGAUGAACUUGAGGUUUCAGCGAACGAAGUGAUCUUGGGUGAAAUGUUGUCUUCGUGUUCUGUCGCGUGCGCUGAUGCGAUUCUCGCUAAUAAUAUCGCUGAGUCAGCGAUUGCUCGACAUUCUGCAUUGUUACGAGUCGCCGUGGAUUCAAACCAAGGAAGUUCCCUGGAGCGAAGUUUGCGUUGGGAAUCGGUGAAACAAGCUGAAGAGGAGAUGAAAGUGAAGAAAGAGGAAGCUAAGGGGGCGUCCGAGAGAGCCAGAGAGGAACUUGCGAAGAUGAAGUUGAUGAUCGAGCGAAGUCCGGAUGCGGGGAGUGUGGGGGGGAGUUGGGAGGGGAUGAUGGAGGAUGUGGAGGGUGCCGUGGUUAAGGUAACAAAACGUGAGGAAGAGGAAUCGAUGUUGGAGGAAUAUCGAGCGUUGGUUGAAGACGCACGGGUGAAGUUGGACGGGAAGUUGACGGGGCUCCCUCCAGUGGGGGGGGACAUAGAUAUCUUAUUACACAACCAACACCGGGUGGAGCAGCUGCAACAAGAGCUUGUCGAGCUGAGGGAGGAGCAUGAGGUUGCGCUAAAGGAGGUGGAGGAGAAAGUGAGAGAGGAGUGGGGAGGAAGGAGGAGAGAGGAGUGGGAGGAAGAGGAGAGGAGGAGAAGAGAGGAAGUGAGAGGAGAGUGGGAGGAGAAGUUGCGAGUGAAAGAAGAAACAUUAAAAGAGGAAAUGAUGUCACAAUUAAAGCGUCAAGCAUCAUCGCAUGCAGAACAUCUGGCGCAAGCGAUGAGUUAUCUGGAACGACAAGCCAGCGAGAGAUACGAGAAGAUGUUUAAUGAUAAGUUAACGGAGAUAACGACCGAGUUACAACGAGAGGUGCGGGAAGCACGCGAGGAACACGAGGCACGAACGACAACCAUCGCCGAGGAUUUCCAAUCCAAGUUGAAUCUUGCGCAAGCUAAAGUGGCCGGGAUUGAAAGUGUUGUUGACGGUCGUGCCACGAUUGAGGGUGAAUCGCGCAAAGCCCAAGAAUUAUCGUUAGCUUGCGAUGGGUUGUUGUUCUCGUUGAAAUACGGGGAGGGUGGUUUGCCGACCCCGCUACAUAAAGAUCUUGAGUCUGUUAAGAAGGUAUACAACGAACAUCCUGUCAUAGAAAUCUUAACGUCCGCUGUACCACACGAGGCAGUAGAGAGAGGUGUAUACACGGAAGAAAUGCUGAGGUCGGCAUUUUCAAGAAUCGGGAAAAUUUGUCGUCGUGUUUCGAUGAUUGACGAGAAUAAAGAUUCGUUGCUGGUUUAUUUCCUUUCGUAUUUAAAGUCGCUGCUAACGAUAUCAUCGGCCCAACUCCAACCACCAACCGAAAUCGACGAAUCAAAACUCGACGUAUUCUCAAUAAUAUCGUACGCGAACUACUGCGUGCAACACGGCGACCUCGAGCAAGCCGCGCGAUUCGUGAACCAACUCACAGGGGAACCACGGAAGGUUGUCGACGGUUGGUUGUCCGAGGUUCGAUUGUUCCUUGAAACGAGACAAACAAUCGAAGCAUUGUCUCUCGUAUCAAACUCCAUUGUUAUCGGAACGCAACUUGAAUAAUAUGUGUGAUGUCAUAAUACUUUGUGUUUUGCAAUAAACUAUAUUGAUGUGAUUGUUUGACAACAA